ACCAUUUCCAUGCACCAACUCAAAAACUAUCCACCAAACAAUAAUAAUGGCUAACCACCUUCUUCUUCCAGCUGCAACCAUCAUCCUAACCCUCCUCUUUCUCUCUCCUCCCACGGUCACAGCCGCGGACUCUGUAGUCCUAGACAUGGAUGGGAACCCAUUAGAAGCAGGCUCACAAUACUACGUCCUCACAUUAGGAACAAGGGGAGCAGGCCGUGGUGGCUUAACCGCUGAACGCCUCACUGGCCCUUGCCCAUUAUACGUAGGUCAACAUAGGAGCUGGACUCAACAAGGCAGCCCAGUAACUUUCUACCCAGCUGACUCUUCACAGAAAAACAUCACACAAAGUUCAGACGUAAACAUUGCUUUCAACCCAAGCCCCAUCUGCAGAAACCAAGGGGUGUGGCAGUUAAGUUCAAAUGGGCUUGGAGUAUUCCACGUAACUACCAAUGGAGUUAUCGGAAACCCAGGUGCUGAAACCUUCACCAACUGGUUCAAGAUCGAGAAAGCGUCAUCUGAACCUGAUUCAUACAAGAUAGUGUAUUGUUUCGUUGUACCUGGACCUGGUCCUGUACCUGCUCCUCCUGAAACUGGUAAGAAUCGUCCUGAUGAGUACUGUGAACAGUUGGAUGCUACUAUACCAGUACCGCCUUUGGAUUUUUCGUUGUUAAGUUUGGUACCAAUUGAUAAUCCUCUUCCCUUCUUUGGCUUUGUAUUCAAGAAGGUCACUACUACUACAACUACUAUCAGUAGUAGCUAAUUGUCCCUUUGAAGCCCUAAGUGUUCGUUUGAUCUAGGGUCGUCUUUUCUUAUUUCAUGUUAAUGUAAGUACAAUAAAUCUCUAUUAUGACAUGGAGAGUUUCUUUAUCCAAUUAAUUAUUUGGUUUUAUA